UCGGGGCUAGGACUUUUAUAUAGAUCUGUGGAUGCCUAUGGCUUUCAGUUUCUUUCUCCUUAACGUUCUUGAUCUUUUGUAUAUUUCAGUUCAUAUAGGCUUAUACCAAUCAGCAGCAAAAUGACUUGCGAAGCUUGUCGCACCAUCCCGCCGGUUAUCUCCGAGGGCUAUACACCCAAAGGAACCUCAUCUGCCAUCGGCGGACUAGACUACGAUACCUACGUAACCGGCCCUACGACCGCCAAAACCGCCAUCCUAACAAUCUACGACAUCUUCGGCAACUCCCCACAAACCACCCAAGGUGCCGACCUACUCGCAGCCCGCCUCAAUGCCCUCGUCCUAAUCCCCGAUUUCUUCAAGGGCGACGGCGCAAAGCACGAGUGGGUCCCGCCAGACACGGAGGAGAAGACGGCGGCGCUGAUGGCGUUUAUUAAUGAGAAGGCAUCGUGGGCGGACGCGGCUAAGGGGAUCAAUGGCGUUGUGGAUGCGUAUAGGGCUGCUUUCCCGUCUGUCGAGAAAUGGGGCGCCUAUGGGCUUUGUUGGGGUGGGAAGGUGGUGGCCUUGAGCUCGGGGGAGGGAUCGCCUUUUGGUGGGACGGUGCAGGUUCAUCCUGGGUGAGUUUCUUCCUUCCUUCCUUUCUUUGCCGGUGUACAUUGUAUUGUUUUAUUUUAGAUAGAGUUAAUGUGCUUUAUAGACGAAUGGCCAAGGAAGAUGCGGAGUUUUUGGCGAUUCCUCAUGCCAUUCUUGCAUCCAAGGAUGAGCCUGCGGACGAAGUUGAGGCGUAUGAUGAAGCUAUCAAGAGGAAGGGACUGGGUGGUUUUGUGGAGACCUAUUGGGAUAUGUGGCAUGGGUGGAUGGGGGCAAGGGCUGACCUUCAGCAGGAGGCCAGUCUGAAGGAAUAUACUCGAGGGUAAGUUGUGCAACCUCGAAUACUGGUUGGAUGCUAAUAGGUGAAUGCAGAUAUGGACAGCUGGCGGAUUUCUUUGAGAAGUAUUUGUCAUAGGUUGAACUGAUAGAUUUUGCUUUUUCAAGU